AUGAAUUCUGAAUCGUCUUCUCAUUCUCGGUCCGACGAGGAGAUAUCUCAUUCUUCUUCCGAAGAGGAGGUACCUCCCGCUCCCACCGGAUGGGAUGUCGCGGGUUUCGCCAACAACCCAGUCAACAACUAUAUCUCCCGUUUCAUACAAAGCGAGCUUGCUCGAAUGCAGCAGCCACCCCAACGGCCAAUCCGCAGGCGGCGCCGAUACAUCCCCCGCGGCCACACUGGUGGGCACGAUCGGCUGUUCGCCGAUUAUUUUGCCGAGGAACCACGUUAUCCGGCAGAUUUCCGGCUCCAGCGAGACGCCACAGGGAAGCCCGGUCUAUCGCCCCUGCAGAAAUGCACUGUUGCCAUCCGACAAUUGGCAUAUGGAGGGUCCGCCGACAUGUUCGAUGAGUAUCUGCAAUGCGGUGAGACGACUGGCAACGAGUGCCUGGAGAAUUUUUGUCAGGGCGUGCGAGAGAUAUUUGGGGAGCACUACCUUCGCUCGCCGGACGCAGCUGACUGCCAGUUUGGCUGGAUUGGCACUGGAGGAGCCACGGUUUUCCGGGGAUACUCGGCAGCAUUAACUGUAUGCACUGGCAGUGGAAGAACUGCCCAACCGCGUGGCGAGGCCAGUUCACUACCGGCUACAAAGACGAUCAGAUGCCCAAUCGGAGAUAGUAGAAAGUAUUUUGCCCGAGCGCAAGAGUCUGCGCGCAAGGAUGUGGAGAGGGCGUUUGGGGUGCUCCAAUCGCGAUUUGCACUGGUAAAGGGCCCGACGCGCUUUUUCUACCAGGGGGAUAUUGCCGACAUCAUGUAUGCGUGA